AUGUAUGUUUAUGUAUUCGGUAAUCCUUUUACAAAAGAUUGGCGUAAAUUUCUUUGUGAAGAUUUUCCUGAAAUUAUAUUUGUCACAUUAUGGUCUAUCGGUGCCAUCGUUUUUGGGAAUCGCAUUGAUGCAUGUAUUUCUAAAAACGAUCUUGAAAACUUCCUUUCUGAUUCUAUUCCACGCUUGAUGCCGGUAGAAAUUAGUGUAUACGAUGAUAAUGACGAUGAUUUCGAAUUCGAUCAAAACUUCUAUCAAUCUAAAUACAAAAACAUACGGUUUCGUCGUUUACGAAUUUCAAAGAAAAAGUUUGACAAUGGUAAUGCUAAUGAAGCUAUUAUAUUUAAUAAUAACAGAACAAAUUUGAAUCUUCAAGUUUCAUCAAUUGAAGAAAAUCAUUCGUUCCAACCAUUAAUACCAUAUAAUCAUAGUUUUCGAAUAUUACAACGAUCUGUUCUUUUCCCGAAAAACGGGUUUUUCGUGAAAAAUAUUGAAGAUAUUGAUCAAUGUUUUAUUUGUCCAUCCUGUCGAUUAAUUUUUCGAGAUCCUUAUCGACUUCAUUGUGGACAUCGACAAUGUCAAUCAUGCAUAAAUUUACAACAUAGAACUAUUCAUUGCUUAUCAUGUUCUAAAACUUCCACCACUGAUGAAGUUUCUUUGGAUAAAGCUUUUCAAGCUGAGUUAGAAUGUUUAUCAAUAUUUUGUUCAUUUUGUGAUUGGACUGGACCAUUAAAAAUAUAUCAAGUCGAACGAAGUAAAAUAGUGGAACACUAUAUGACUGGAACACAUCAAUUAAUGUUGAUAAACAUUCUUCGUUAUUUACAAUCUAUAAAAAUAAAAAAUGAUCAACAAAAAAUGAUGAGAUACUCUCAAUUUCAUGAAAGAAUCUCUAAUCUGUCAGGUCAUACAUCAUUAUUAUAUAUUAGAAUGGAACAAAUUCGAAAUCAAUCUUAUUCUCACCAACAAGCACUUCAAUCAAAAAACCAUGAAUUAUUUUUACUUAAAUCUUUGUCUCAAAAUGUGAAAAAUCAUUUGGAUCGAAUGAGAAUUGUUCAAGAUUCUUGUAUGAAAGAUGUUCUAUCAUUAGAAUAUCAUUUCGAACACAGACAGAUUGUAUCUUUCAAUGGUAUAUUAAUAUGGAAAAUUAGUAACGUUCAAGAAAGAAUCGAUGAUGCUAAGUUUGAACGACAACGAUCAAUUUAUUCUCCAGAAUUUCAUUCAUCAUCUUCAGGUUACAAAAUGCGUGCAAGACUAUUCUUAAAUGGAACUGAUAGUGCUCAAGAUACACAUAUGUCAAUAUUUUUUAUCUUAAUGCGUGGUGAAUAUGAUGCUAUUCUCAAAUGGCCAUUUCCUUUCAAAGUGAUGUUUUCUCUAAUCAAUCAAUUAACUAUUGACAACGAUCGACAUCAUUUGAGCGAGUUCUUUUGGCCUAAUAAACAAUCGAUCUGUUUUCAACGCCCAUGA